AUGUGGUCCAAGCCCAGCGCCGCGCCGGCGGACCACACGCCCGAGGCCGACGCCCUGACGCCGGCGACCAUCAGGCAGAAGAACCACGGGCGGCGGUACGGCCAGGUCGUCCGGCUGAAGCCCGAGCACGCGGCCAGGUACAAGGAGGUGCACGCCGCCGUGUGGCCCGAGGUGCUCAAGCAGAUCAAGGACUGCAACAUCAAAGACUACAGCAUAUUCUACGACGAGGCCUCGGGCAUGCUCUUUGCCUGCUUCAAGUACGUGGGCUACGACUUUGCCGGCGACAUGGAGCGCAUGCGCGAGAACCCCCGCGUGCGCGAGUGGUGGAAGAUGACGGACGGGUUCCAGGAGUCGCUGGUGCCCGGGGCGACGUGCAGCGAGGCCGAGCCCCCGGCGCCGGGCUGGUGGAGGCCGAUAGAAGAGGUCUUUUACACUCCUUGA